AUGGAGAAGAAGCUGCUGCUGCCGCUGGCGGUGGCGCACAAGCACGCGCACGGAGGCGGCGGCGGGGCGGAGCGGAUGUGGGCGCGGCCGUGGCGGUGGGCCAAGACCGCCUUCUUCCUCGCGGCCAUGCUGGCGUCGCUCCUGCUCGUCUGCGCGCCGCCGCUGCUCGUCGUGCUCCUCGACCUCGCGCUCCCGCCGGCGCUCCUGUCCGCGACCCUCCGCGCCGGCGGAGGCGGCGGCGCCGGCGACGGGUCGUUCGCGCCGGCGGUCGUGGCCCAGGCGCGGGCGUUCGACUUCCGCUCCUCGCUCGUCGACCUGCCCGCCGUCUCCGCGGCGCGCGCGCUGCUCAUCCUCUGCGCGUACGUGGUGUGCGGCGGAGGCGGCGCGUACCUAGGGGUGGUGGUGGCGUGCGUGGCCGGGUCCGUGUCCUACGUGCUCGCCAAGGCCGCCGCCGUGCUGCCGCGCCGCGCCGCGCCGCAGGCGGGUGCGGGUGGUGACGCUCGCGCCGCCGGCCCGGAGGCCAUGCUCCUGCUCUCCCUGGCGCUCGCCGCCGCGCACCUCGCCGCGGCGUACCGGACCAGCUGCCGCGAGCGCCGGCGAAUGCUCGUGUACAGGAUCGACGUCGAAGGCGCCGUGAGGUUAAAAGGAGGCCAUCAAACACCCAAAGGGCUGAAGCAGUGUAGCGUGUGA